GGGCGAGCUGCCGACGGAAGCGGAAUGGCGCUGGGGACGCGGGUUCCGCCGGGGGGCGGCUGGGGCGAGGCGGCGGCGGCGUCUGCUCAGAAAAAAGAGAUAGAGUAUCUGUUUGAGUUCCAUCUUGUCCAGGAUUGGUUUCUUCCCUGCUGUCAGCAUGGCAAUGUCACUUAAAACUGCACGGUACAGCUUCUUUUGGAUGCGUUCAUUAGCAACCAAUAAGCAGGCUCUGCUGCAGAAUGGAGUUGUAUAUCAUGCUUGCCGUAAAUCCACAUACUCAGUUCUCCCUGAAGACUACAACUGCAAAGUGGAACUUGCACUGACAUCAGAUUUGAAGACAAUUGUCUGCUACCACCCUACGCUUGAGAUUCCAUAUGAACAUACAAAACCCAUCCCACGGCCAGAUCCAGUGAAUAAUAAAGAAGAAACCCUUGAUCAAGUUCUGAAAUCCAGAUUAAAUGAAAAAGAGCUAAAGAAUGACAGAGGUCCUACAAUUGAAGAGCUCAGCAAAAUGUUUUACACAACAAAACAUCGCUGGUAUCCUGUGGGACAGUAUCACAGAAGACGAAGGAAUCCUAAUCCUCCUAAAGACAGAUAAUUAAGAUACUUCUUAUUCAUCAACACUUUUGGUAUCAAUCUGUACUGGAAAUAAAAAUUACACAAAGUGAGAUGUCUGGAAAUUCUAUGAGUGCUGUAACUAGAACAUGCUUAACUUUAUUUGGCUGUUCCUUUCUUCAGCUAGUUGACAGAAAAAAAGCAGAACUUCACUAUUGAAACAAGGAUCCAAUGAAGGCUAUUUUAUGUGCACAGUCAGUGGAUGUGCUUGUCUUAGAACUAGAUUUAACAGGUGAUGGAGGGCUCCAAUUAAACUAGGUCAGAGGCUUGUCAUUGGUAAAGGGAAAAUUUCUACUCAAAACCAGUAGUAUAUCAAAAUGACAAGUUGAGAACUGGACACAAUAGGCUUUGGCGGUUUUGGGGGGAUUAUUAUUUUUUUUAAGAAAUCUAGUUAUUGAAAUGCAGAUGAGCUUGAAUAUUGAGGUAUAAUGACAUGGUAUUGACAAAAAAAUUUGUAAAAUGGAUUGAUUAAAAGGAUGAAAUAGUUUUGCUGCUUCUGUUAUGCUUGCAAGAUACCAAUUCCACAUUUAAUCCUACAUCACCCAAAUGAUCUUAUUUGAGGCUAUUUUGAUGCACUGAAAACUGUCCAACUUAGUUACAUUUUAGCUUUCACAGCAUAGUAACUUGCCCUUUGAAAUCAGCCAGCAUUCCCCAAUAAGAGAAAACUUGUGUGCAUUUUUUUUUUUUUGAACCCCACCCCAACUCCUGUUCAAUGAGGGUGCUGUGUUCAUAUAUGAACUGCAGUAGCUCAGGGGAGAAAAAGUUCUUUGCCUGGGCAAAGUAAUUGGUGAAGACUCGCAGCUCUUUCUGGAUUACCUAGGGGAAAGUAUUUGCCCUUUGUUAUACAAAAUGCUUUAAAAUAAAGAAACACUGCUUGAUUCUGCUUCAUA